GCGGGAAUUUCAUUACGUGUUACCAAUGACACCGGAGAAUUAACUUGAGCUUUCCCCGCACAAGUUUCAUAAAUAUAAAUUAAAAGUAAAAUUUAAACUUUUGCUGACGACAAGCAGAGGUCGAUUAUGAAGGCUGAAAUUGAUAAAAUAGUUACUUUGUCGGAUGGCGACAGUACAGCUGAACUUCAGAAAUACCUGUCUUCCCUUUCAAACGACGAGCUGAUUACUGUGAUUACUAAUGGUGCAUUAAAGGGUAAAAAGGUCGGUUCCAUGAUCAAAGGCAUAUUUAAGGGCUCACCCUCCAACUCACCUGAAGGGUCAAACCGGAGACUUCUGGUUUAUCAACACUGCAUCCCUCUGUGUGAGUCUGGGGAUCUUCAGACAGAGGUGGCAGCUGAUAUCAUUGGACUGCUGAUGCUGGAAACUCACACACUUACUGGAUCCUGUCUUGCACAACUGGCAUCUCUUUUUGUUGACGCCAUUAAGGUGGGGAAAAUGGGCAGUGGGAAGUCUCUGGAGCUUUUUCCCACUGUCCUUACUGCUCUUUCAGCAUGUGACGCCUUGUCUUAUGGCAAAGGCGAACUCAGUGGUGAGGAAUACAAGAAACAGCUGAUCAACAGUCUUUGCUCAAGCAGAUGGGACCCACAAUGUGUUAUUCACCUGACGACCAUGUUCAGAGAUGUGCCCUUGUCAUCGGAGGAGCUGCAGUUUGUGGUGGAGAAAGUUCUGAGGAUGUUCACCAAACUAGAUCUACAGGAGAUCCCACCACUGGUCUAUCAGCUGCUACUUUUGUCUGCAAAGGGUUGUAAGAAACAGGUCCUGGAAGGAAUCAUUGGUUAUUUUAAGGAACAAGACAUUCGCCAGGAAGAAGAGCAGAAACAUGGAGAGAGUCUGGAUCUAGAGGUUCAGUCCAUCCCUCAGGACCAGUUAAGGCAUGUGGAGGGUACUGCUAUUCUUCACAUUGUGUUUGCUGUACGACUCGACCAUGAUCUCGGGAGAGAAUUUCUUAAAAGCAUUAAGACAUCUUAUGGGGACUUGUGCCCUUUCCGUGUUGCCCUGCUGCUUUCAGUUGCACGUAUCCAGCGUUAUGAAGAGCAGGUGUUUGACCUUUUGAAGGGGGCAAUCAUCAAGAGCUUCAGAGAUGAGCAGCUGCAGCAGGGAUCAAAGUUCCUGCAGGAUCUCCUGCCUGGACACUGCAGUGUGGCUCAGAUGAUACUUGACACAGUCAACAACAGUGUGUUUGGUUGGGAUCAUGUGACCCAUGGGCUGGUGCAGUUGGGAUUCUUCCUUAUGGAUAACUUUGGACCCAAACCUGGACCUUUUGGAAAGACCACAGAAGUAUCUACUUCCAUAGCCCGGACCCCAACUCAGCUAGCAUGCAAGCUGGGGGGACAGGUGCUCCUGCAUGGUUUUAAGAUGCACGAGCCUAUUAGAGGAGAGAUCCUAGAGCAAGUCUUGAAUCGAUUGGUCUCCAAGACAGCCUCACCUGUCAGUCAUUACUUAGACCUUUUCUCUGACAUCGUCAUCUCUGCUCCCAUGAUCCUCCUGGAGUCAUCCUCAAAAGUGACGGAGACAUUUGACAACCUGUCAUACCUGCCCCUGGCCACUGUCCAGGGUCUGCUUAAAGCUGUUCAGCCCCUGCUAAAGGUCAGUAUGUCCUUGAAAGACGCUUUGAUUCUAGUUCUCCGUAAGGCCAUGUUUUCCAGCCAACUGGAUGGCAGGAAGUCUGCAGUGACUGGCUUCUUGUUGCUGUUAAAGAACUUCAAAGUGUUGGGUAGUCUGGCCUCCAGCCAGUGUAGUCAGGCAGUCUCCUCAAGCCAGAUCCAAGUGGAUGUUCAUUCUCGUUACAACUCUGCUGCCAAUGAAGCCUUCUGUCUGGAAAUCCUAAGCAGCCUGCGUCGCUGCCUCAGCCAGCAGGCUGAUGUGCGCCUCAUGCUCUAUGAGGGUUUCUAUGAUGUUCUUCGCCGCAACUCUCAACUUGCAAGCUCCAUCAUGCAGACCCUCUUGUCCCAGCUGAGGCGAUACUACGAGCCUGAACAAGACCUUCUACCCCCGGUGAAACUGGAGCCGUGCAUCACAGCUCUCGGAGACCAAGUCUACCUGCAGGAGCCUCUGGCCCACCUGUUGAGUUGUACUGUACACUGCCUGUUGUCGCUGCAGAACAUGCGCCAGUCAGCCCGCGCCAAUGUUGAAGACAGCGAUGAUGAGGCCGAGGAGGAGGAGGAGGAGGGGUACCUGUCCGAACUGCAGACAAUCCUAGAGAGCAUGACGCGACGCAUGACCAAGAGUGAACUGGAGGACUUUGAACUGGACAAGUCAGCUGAGUUCUCUAUGGGAUCCAGCGUUGGGGUUAAGAAUAACAUCUACGCUGUGCUGGUGAUGGGAGUGUACGAGGUCCUCAUGGAGUUUAGCUUUACUAAAGCAAACUACAGUAAAAGCCACUUUGAGGAGCUCUUGGAGUUGUUUAACCGCUACCACAAGCUUGCUGAGAUCCUGAAGGAGAAAUCCGGGAAGGGUCGUGGUCCCAUGCAAAAGACCCCCCGCAGUUUGCUCUCUUUGGGCUUCAUAUCAACUCUUCUCAGCGUCCUCUUCAGAGACAGUACUCAGAGCAGAGAGGAGGCUCUCUCAGUGCUUCGCUCCAGUGGAGAGUUUGUGCGUUAUGCUCUCAGUGUGGCUGUGCAGAAGAUCCAGCAGCUGGAGGAAACUGGACAUGCAGAAGGCCCAGAUGGACAGAACACAGACAGAACUUUCCGGUUCCUUUGUGACAUGACAAGUGUGCUGAUGUGGCGUUACACCAACAUCCCGAGCACGGUGGAGGAUGCAGGGAAGAAGGAGAAGCGCUCCAGCCUGUCUCUGAUGUGUCUGGAAGGCUUGCUGAGGAUCUUCACAACCUGCCAGCAGCAAUAUCCAGACAGAAUGUCGCAGCUCCUCUCCACCAUGGACGUCUCGGAGGUCAAUGAAGAGCCAGACGGCGGCAGUGCUACAGAGAUGAACUUCUUCUACAUCAGACAGUUUCAGAGGGCGCUGUUCACUCAGUUAAGUGGCGGUGAGGAGGAUUUUAACAGCAAAGAGGCUCAACUACUGGUUAGCAUUUUGAGUGUGCUCUCACGUCAACUAAAGCCAUCCUCCCAACAGUUUGUUCAGAUGAUCACAUGGACUGUGAAAGUCUGCAAGGAGACCAGUUUUGAGGAUCCACCUUUCUCCAAGGGCCUGCUCUCUCUUCUCUUCAGUCUGCACAUUCUCUACAAGAGUCCUGUCAGCCUGCUGCUGGAGCUCUGCCAGGACAUCCACAGCCAACUGGGAGACAUUGAUCAGGAUGUGGAGGUGGAAAAACAAUCCCACUUUGCCAUUAUCAACAUGAAGACUGCCACCUCAGCAGCG